GAAAAGCUUCAUUGAAACGGGCAGCACACGGGAGCGUGUACUGGCAAUUGUAUUCUAACCAAUCGAAAUUAUUUGGUAUCCGCAUAGUACAUAGUUAAAUUUGGCAUAUUUUAUUAAUAGCAUUUAAGGGCUCAAGAGAUACUAUUUGAAAAAAAUUCGGACUGAGGACAGUUUUUCAUUCAACAUUUUCUUAUGAGAGAUUUUAAACAAAACAUUUAAUUAGACAUAUUUUUAAGAGAAUGCAACUGAAAAAGAGAGAGUAGGUGAGGUAAACCAAAAAGCAGCAUUUGCAAUAGAUGUGUUUUCUUGGAAAGGUAUGUUCCUCAUAGACAGUGGGGAAGGAAACUCAAAAAUAAAUACAAAUAAGAAUAAAACAGCAAAAACAACAUGCCUUCUCUAGUUAGCCUAUAUGAACUGGCUAACUUAUCGAUUGGCACCCCUGAGGUGGGUGCAGUGAACUUCAAUGCUCUCCAUUCGUUGCUGCAUGCCAUCCUGGGACACCUCAACAUCCAGGACGUGAAGGCUGAACUGAGAACCGAAGACCAUGACUUCCUGAAGCCAGCCCAGGGUCUUCUCAUCCCUGCAGGGGAUGGGGGAAAGGAGGGAGACGGGGGCUCCCAGGAGGAGCACAGGGCGAAAGCCAGCCCUUACCACAGCAUGGAGAAGAAGCUGCUGCAGAUGGAGAUGCAGAUGAGUGCCCUGAGCCAGCUGCCCGGCGGGGGGGCCCUGCUCGAGCGCACCAAGGAGAGCGGUGGGGGUGCCAUGCCAGUCAGCGACAUGUGGCAGAUGAUCCAGAUGAAGAGGAAGGUGGAGGCCAACGAAGAGGGCGUCACCAAGGCCAUGGCACUGAUGCACGAGCUAAUGAAGGAGAUCAACGAGCUGAAGAAAUCCAGGGACGAGCUGCAGGUCGACAUGCGCAAAGCCAACGAGAAGCUUUCCACCAUAAAUAUGAAUGAGCUGAUGGCCAGACUGGACAAUCUGGAUAAUUUACUGCAUGCUCAGCAGGAGAGAAUGUCUCUGUACCCCAGCCCAGAAGACCUGGGUAACCUGGUCAGCUGGGGAGAGCUUCAGGAAAGCCUGAUGAAGGAGAAGGUGCGACUGGAGCAGGAAGUAAAGGAUCCUCAACACCAAACUGUAUUCCAGGCACAAGCCUCAACAUCACCCAGCCCUGAGCUUCAACCUUCUCCUAAUCCCCAAACUCCCCCCCAUUCCUCCUCCUCCAAGCCCCAGAGCCCCCAUCUGUCCUCACGCUCCUGCUCCUCCCGGGCCAGCAGUGGGAAGGACCGCUACCCUGAGACGGUGGAAGCUCUGCAGCAUGUGGGCCAGCUGACAGAGAGACACAAGGCCCUGGAGGAGCGAAUCGCAAGACUGGAGAAAAUAAAGGCUGACCUCACUGACCUGGAUCAGCUCCGCACAGAAAAGAAACCUGUAUCCAUUCCUGAUGACCUCCAGCUGCAGCUGGCCAAUCUGAAGGAAAGCAUGGAGAAAUGCAUGGCUGACAGAGAGAAGGGGGGAGAGGCGUUGACUGUGAUCCAGAACACCAUUCUGCAGCUGCAGGCCGAGUGUCAGAAACUGAACAUCACAGCCAGCGAGCUGGUGGAGGACCACAGCAAGAAACAGAAGCACAUUGACCAUUUGUACGAAUCUGUGGACGGUCUGGAUAAAAAGAAGGCUGACAAAGAACUUGUGGAAAUGGAGAUCGAUGUUAAAGCAGACAAGCUAGAUCUGGAGUCAAAGGUCAGCCGCAUGCGGUUUGAUGCCACCACAGAGCAGCUGAACAAGAUGUUCCAGGAGCUUCUCAACAAGAUGUCCGGCCAGGAGAGCGACUGGAAUAAAGUCAUCGAGAAGAUCUCCAUGGAGAUGGAGCUGAAGCUGAACCGGAUGGAGCUGGAUCCCCUGAAGAAGCAGCUGGAGGACCGGUGGAAGAGCGUCCGCAAGCAGCUGCAGGAAGCCCCACAGGUCAAGCUCGGCGACGCUGCAGGCAUCAGAAAGCAGCUGGUGACUCGGUUCAACUGUAUCUCGUGUGCCAGACCCGUGGACAUGAUGGUUCCUCCCCCACACUUAGUGAGCAUAUCCACUGGGUUUCCUGGAAACAAGACCCACCGGCCCUACACUGUCUAUGAGCUGGACAACAUCCGGAAGCACACACGCUGUGACCGGAUCAGGGAGCUGUCUGACCUCAGCUACCUGGGCCCUGUGCGGAGCUGUGGGGGGAGCCACACCAUGACCAUCCCCCAGCGGCGUUACCCCCGGGUGCAGCCGUUCCCAGAGAUCAUUCUACCUGAGGAGGAGGUGCCAGAAGUACCCGUCCAAUCCAAGGAGGAGAUUGACAUCCUGGGGCUGGACGGAGUCAUCUACAAGGGCCGGCUGGACCAGCGUCAGAAAGCCUCAAUGCUGGAUCCCAGGCAGGACUCACAACUGGACUGCAGGCCAGAGUCCAGGCUGCCUGACAUCGCAGAGGCUGACGUCAACCAACAUAAACUGAGCCGGGCCACAUGCCAAAAUCUGAGCAGCUACGAGUCCAUGGCUGGGGCUCCUGUCCGCCCACAGAGCGCCAGAGUACCACGCAGCCGAUCAGCCUCAGUUCGCUUAUUGAGGGAGCGCCCCGUGUCAUCGCUGGGCUGGAUGCCUGAUGGCCCCUCCCAGACCACGCCCCCCACGCCCACGCCACCCACGUCCCCACUGGUGGGUGUCGACGAGCAUCCUCGCGGUCUGGAGACCCUGCAGCUCAGGAUCGACAUGAGUCAGUCAGGGCAGGAGGAGCCGGUGACGACACUGUGAUACUGCACUCCCCACAGCUCACUGUGCACAAUCAACACACACUGCAGAACACACACAAUCCCAAUUUAUAAUAAACUCACGCUGCCGUGAGAGGAACCACACUCAUUCCUUCAUUUCUGAACUCCUAGAACGCAGGGAUAUUGAGAAGGCGUGCAAACUGCCCACUGUGUUAGUACAACAGUUCCGCUUGAAGACCAGCAGCAUACUGCUUCAGAACAGUAGUGAACUGAAUCUUUAAACUCAGACAGGCAAAAUGUCUCCAUUCCAAUCAUGUCCUAAAUGAGUUAUCUGACUCUUGGAGGGACAUUCUUGGAAUAAAGACCUGGACUGGAAUGGGAUCAUAUGAGACAGAGAGCAACAUUGUGUAAGCUUGUUAGUUAAUGAAUCUAUAGCGGCCAUGUCUUACAGGUAGAGUGGGUCUCCAUUACAACAAGCACUCACAAAUGUCUCCCCAAGCGAAAAAGAAAUUGGAUGUGGGAUGCAUAUGAUUUCUCUAUUAUUAUUAUUAUUAUUAUUAUUAUUAUUAUUAUUAUUAUUAUUAUUAUUAUUAUUAUUCGUUCAUAAUUUCCAGCACAAGAGAACUUUAGGCUGUCUAGUAUUUAGAGUGGGUAUUCAUUUGCUCAAUAGUUCCUUAAUUUGCCCCACAUCUUUACAAACCUGUAUAUUUGUAGCCCUUUUCCUCUUAACAGGGCUUUAUAAAACAAUCAGGAAAGCGUUGAGGAAUGGGGGGUACAGACCUCUACAAGGACAGAUGUGAAAGCAGUGUAUAGUGAGGGGGUGCGGGAGCUUCUGGAGUCUAUUAGGACAUGUUGACCUCAUUUACUCAAAGCAGUCUGAAAUCAGAACAGAAUCUCAUUCCGGUCCUAACUGAGGACGUCAGGACGCAAUCUAUCAUGACAGCAUUGAUGCUCUGGUAAUAACAAACCUGUAAUAGCUGUCCAAAGUGAGUCAGCUGUGUACCUCUGGAGGGGAAUCAGAGAGGAGAGGAUUAGAUCAGGCGCUAUUGUACAUUUACAUUCUCUGGAUCUCUAGGACUGCAUCACUUCCUGUAUCCUUUGUUGUGAAUUUCAUUUCUAGAUCAUACACAGUAAGGCUUUUGAGAAGGUGAUUGGUCUUACCUCAUUCUCAUAUUAACACAAAUUCCAUCAAAUAAUACAGCAAUACUUUCUGUUUUAUUUCCCUGCUGUAUCUGCCUGGAUAUAGAAGGACACUCCUACACACAAGACCGCAAUAGCAAUAGAGUCCAAACCGUCAUUUAAAACAUAGAACAAUGCUGCCAGAGAGGGAGAGGAAACGUGUCUAUCUUGAAAAAAACCAACACAAGGGGGCCCAAUGCUAAUGCUGCUAGUGCUAAUAAGUGGGAAGACAUGCUUUUUAAAUCUUGGUAGCACAGCUUUCUAAUAAUAGAGAAGGUAAAUUGAUUCCUCAUGAUUUGAAGGAUGCCAUCACUCUGCAGUUUCUAGUGCUGUCUCGACAAGGGAGGAAUGGCUGGCUCCAUUUUACUAAUUUAUAGCAGUUAUAUUUGGUUGUGAUUUGGAAGCUCUGUGGUCAUCUAAAUAGAAAUCCCAUUAACGUAUUAACAUUAGAUUCAAUCAGAUAAUACAGCACUGCUUUAUGCUUUAUAAUGGUGCUAUUUAAUCAACCUACCCGGAUGUAGGCGGACACUGCCAAACAUGCCACUGCAAUAGCAAGAGUGAAAAACUUCACACGGACAGAGAGAGGAGAGAAGGACGUGUGAACUUGUGACAUACAGCACAUUCAGUGUGUUUCACGGCAGCCUUCUGUUACCCCAGCCAGGGCUGCAGCGAUUGGGAACGUUCUACUUGCAAUACACAUUAAUCUCAAUGGGGAUCGGUUUUAAUAAUGGAAUCCGCGGCAGAUCCUAAUGCCACUGCUCUAAAACUCAUUACCCUGCUAUUUACAGACCUUGCUUCACAGAGAUGUCUUAUUCAAUUAAAAUACAAGGAGUCAGUCAAUCCCCCAGUCUGCAGGAUGAAGGGGGCGUUUCUGCAGAGAAAUAAUAAAUAUUCUGAGCAGAUCUGAUUGGCUCAGAAUACACACCCUGUUACAAAGUGUAAGAGGGUGUAUUUAGAUCCGUAACUGUUUAAAAUAAACCCCUAAACCUCCUCUGAAUGCUAACUUAAAAUCAUUUUCAAACAUUAAUAAAUUAAUACUUUGUGGUAAGACUGCUUACAUUCAUUAUUUUUUAUUUAUUUAUUUUUUCUUAAAUAUCCAACAGCCCCUACAGUUUAUACUGCAACACCAUGGCAGCGCGGAGACCAGUGGGAGACUUUGCUCCACUAAUUAAAGGUUUAGGGGUUAGAGCAGUUUACAUUUUCACAACACAGACUUCCUUCCUGGGUUAGUCAGUUUGGCUUUGGGCAUUUGUACACUCAUUCAAAGGAGUGCUAACCAUAGUUUUAAGAUCAGUUUCGCUAAUCUUGUCAUUAUUAUCACUGCGCCCCCUUUUCUGCUGUUGAAGAUCGUUUGGUUCUUUUUACAUGUAUUUCAUGCUUCAGUUUGCUAUAUCAAUGCUGUAAAAGAAAAAGCUGCUGCUGCUUCCUGGUAUGAAAUAUAAAAACAAGCAACCGACCAAAAGAUCUUAAACACAAGAAAAGGGGGAUCAUCGAUACUGCUGUUAAUGCAAAAAAAAAAGAGGUACAAAAAAUACAUUUAAAAACGUAGCACCCCUUUAAUCUGCAAAGGGGAAGAUGGGUAACCUUGAUACUGCAAACUGUGUACACUUCCUUCACAUUUAUACACUAUAGCAGCUAGCAGGGAAUCUGAUACAAAAUACAGUAAUUACAAUUUCAUACCAUUCUUAGUAAAGCUUGCUUUUUAGCGGAUCACCAUCUGGCUUUAAUUGUGAGUAACAUACUUUAUGAGGAUGAAGCCAGGGCUGCUCCACACUUUAGCCUUUGUUUUAAACUGUUCUCUUCACCCCCAGGUACUUUAAACAAUUUGAAGAGACAACGCUGUACACGUGAUAUCUCUCCCAGGGGAUUGUAAAGUUUCACCUAAUCAGCCAUGUCAGUGUGGGUUGUUGUGAUAUGUGUGUAUUACACCCUCUGUCUUGAACACUUGAAAUCCUGCCUUAGCAUCAACGGGGUGGUGACUUCAGAAUGCAUUCAAACUCGUGGGAGUAAAACGACAAACAUGCUGUAGUUUGGGUUUGUUUGGAUUGCACUUUGCUUUCUGACAAAAAAAAAAAAAAAAAA